AUAAGCAUCAUGUCUGUGAAAGGGGACUUCACAAUCCAUUCCACAGAAGUCAAUAGUACAGGCAGUAAUCAAAGUAGCACAUGCAUGAUAAAACCUGAAGAAAGCCAUGAAACCAUCUUGCCUUGGCUCUAUCUGGCUUUGGCUGUCCUGGGCCUUCCAACCAAUGGAAUAGUCUUGGUGGAUCUUUGGAGAUCAGAGAGGACACCCACUAUCAUCUUCACUUUGAACAUAAUCAUGUCAGACCUGCUGAUGUGCUGCAGUUUUUUCUUCCGAAUAGCCUACUACAAAGAAAACACCAACUGGCAAUCUGGAACCCCAGCCUGCAAUGCAGCAGAGCUGAUCAUUUUCUCUUGCUACUACAUAAACCUCUAUUGCAACAUGUGUUUCCUUUUGUGGACCAGCAUUAAUCGCUAUACCACAGUGGUAAAACCAGGCUACGCCUUAUUUCAGAUCUUUAAACAUACACGGUCUUGUUGGAUCCUCUGCUUUUCUACCUGGUUGGUUGUCUUCACCGUUGUGUGCGCUAGCAUGGGGGUCAAACUGAGCCUACAAAUUAAAGGGACCUGCUUUGACCAAGUUGUCAAUAGUUACAUUCGCUAUAAAGAUCAGUUCAAUACUAUCCACUGCUUAGGUGUGUCAGCAUUCUUCUUCAUUUUGUGCUUGAUGCUGGUUAGCUAUAGCCUGCUGGUCUUCCAUCUGCAGAAGGUAAGGGGAGGAAGUCUAGUCGGCGCUGGAUUUGGGCCAGGAGGAGGUCUGAAGGUUCGCAGGAAGAUCCUGGCCUCAGUCAUAAUGUUUGUACUCUGCUUCCUACCCUACCACGUGCAAAGGAUCAUCUUAUUAACAUCAGAGCAUGAAAACUGUCAGGCAGAGUUCAGGAUUAAAAUGUGCACCAUCUUCAUUGCAGCUCUCAGCUGUUGCCUGCAUCCCGUCCUCCAGCUGGUGUUUCGUUUGCGCUGCUGUCGGGCCAAUCGCAACCACAGAGUCAAACCCAAACCUGAGAUCUCCAAGACCCUGGACACACCUCACAUACAUACUAUAAAUGUGACAGAACACGCUGAGGAAUCAAAGAAAAAUGAAACUGAAUUAAGCCACCAACAACCAACAUCAUAGUUUUGGGAAAUUAGAAAAAAAUGUGUCACAACAUUGCAUUUCCUGUGUGAUGAAUGCAGCAAGCUGUGAAACAUGCUAACCUCAGAGAACUGUGUUUUGCUGCAGUUAUUACUGUUUGGCAGAAGCAAAACUUAUGGCCAGUUUACAUGGUACACACAGAAAAAAAGGGGUUUAAAAGUGUACCUUUUGGGGUACAAAGCUUGUCCCUGGAGCAGUACCCUUACAAGAAUAUAUUUGUACCUUUU